GGAAGGAAGGAAGGAAGGACUCUUCAAACCUCUUUUAUUAAGACAUUUCUUUCCCCUUAAAACCAUGCUCCAGGGUCAAAAGCCAAUGAGAAGCACACAAGUCAUGCAGGGAAAUAGCCAUUCCGUAAGCAGCUUAACCUCACAGUUCAGUAGCACAGCCUUACUCCCACAAGCGCUGAGCCUGACUACACCUGGUUCUGUCACCCAGGAUACAGGACAUUGUCAUCCCAGCCCAGACUUCAGCCAUGAUAGGCAACUCAGAUUGCUGCUUAGCCAACCAAUCCAGCCAAUGAUGCCUGGGUCAUGUGAUGCAAGGAGGUCCUCAGACCCUGGUGGCACAGGACGGCAAGUAAAAUAUCCUCAAAGCCCAUCUGGCUUUCCAAGUCUGGAAGUGCAAACCUCCAGUAGCAGCACCUCGACCCCUAUUCUGCUGAUGGGACAAGCUGUGUUACACCCUGGUUUCUCGGCUACACAGCCAUCCCCCUUGCAGCCCCUGCAGCCCCAGCAGCCACCACACUAUCUACAGGUACAAACACCAACCUCUUUGCACAAUGAACAGCAAGACUCUCUGCUUCUGCCCACUUACUCCCAACAGCAAGGGACCAUGGGGUAUCACCCCACACCCCAACAGCCUCCGCCGCCGCCACCUCCGCCGCCUCCACCACCACAUCCAUCCCGAAGGCCCAGCAGUCUCUCUGAGUCCUCAAGUCUCCAGCAGCCUCCACGAUAGGGCCCCAACAUGACAUCAAUACACAAUCAGCUUUAACCAAUGGAAAAGAGAGGGAGGGGGCAGAGGAGGAAAGGAUUUUGCAUCUAAACUCUUGGCUUUUGCACACUGCAGAAUACAUUUCAGAACUCCUAGAUCCUAACAAAUCUCAGAGUGCAGGUUGCAGUGGAUGGAAAAUUAUCAGGAUCUGGUUGUCCUUGGUUGCCCCUGGCUCGGUGGAUCUCUGAUGUACUCUACAGCCAUACAAUGACCACUCAGACUGGAAAUGAACAGUAUUCUACAUGAACCCCAUCUUUGUUGGGUAAACACUCGGAGAAAGCACUUUUUGCCACAUCCUUGUGGGCACAUCCAUGUUACUCCAGCUGACUGUGGACUGUCAAUAUGAGAUAUUUGGCCUUUAUUCUUUCAAUCUUCUUUCCUUUGCAUUUGAGAAGCACUUCGUCAAAGAUCUGUUGAAGAGAGAAAGAACAAGAGAUUAUUUUUAUUAUUGUUAAUUUUUUUUUGCACAACUGCACAGAAGAAAUAACUUAGGCACUUUCUGUAUAAAAUUAAAAAAAAUAAAAGUCUAUUUACUUCAUGUCGUGACCAACAAGUACAAAAAUCAGCAGGCAGAGCUGGUCAUACUCUCCAACCUGAAACUAACAGAACAGGCCUUUUAACCCUUCCUGUUCUGGUGACUGUUUGGUCUCUUUCUUAAGAAAAUAACACUGGACUUUACCUGUUUACUUUAUUAAUUACAACUACAAAGGAGGACUCAAACUGUAAGCACAAUCAUGCAGCUGAUGUUCUGGAAAUCUAGCGAGACACAUAAGAACACAAAGAAGAUACAUUUCUGCCUCCCAAACAGCCCAUCACUUCUGUUUGGGACUACAGGUCACUGAGGAAAAUGCACUGUGUUUUGGCCCAUUGAAUGGGGAUGCUGCAUCUUAUUACAUAUCUUUCAUGAUAAAUACCUAGGAUUGAAUUUUCCUUUAAGAAAUGCACUUUUUGCUUUUUUUGUAUGUUUUGUUAUGUUGAGAUGUUUCUAAAGAAAAGAUUUUAUGUAAUUAUAAAACAUAGUGUAUUGUACAGCUGUUGUAAUAAUGACCUAUUUCUAUAAAAAAUAAAAUUGUAUGGAAUUAUG